UUACGUGUGAAAAAUGAUUGCCGUUAAUACCGAGUGUAUAACUAUGGUGAGAAGAUGCCUUCUGACGUUCAAACCUUUCAGGAUUUUUGUGGCAGGCAUCGGUUUCUUCAGUCUCUGUUUUUUAAUGACCUCUCUGGGGGGACAGUUCUCAGCCAAGCGGCUAGGUGAUUCCCCAUUCAGCAUCCGAACUGAAGUGUUGGGCGGUCUAGAGUCUCGUGGGGUUCUGAGAAAGAUCAGCGAUAUGUUGGAGAUUAUCAUGAAGAGGAUUGACACCCUAUCGAAACUGAGCAACAUCAGUGAGUCCCAAAGACUGGAGGAACACUUCCCAGAAGAGAGAGUGCCGAGCCCGGUAGGCCUGGUGGAGCGGAUCCAGGCCAUUGCCCAGAAUGUGUCCGACAUGGCUGUACGAAUGGAGCAGAUUCUGAAACAUACACUUUUAUGACACUAUCAGUUAAGCUUAGGUUUAAGGUUUAGGUGUGAAGUCCUGAAGGAUCCUCGGUACCCGGAUUGCGGCAGUAAAGUGGAUUGGAUGAGGGCCAGAUGGACAUCAGAUCCUUGCUACGCCUUUUAUGGAGUGGACGGCUCAGAGUGCUCUUUCCUUAUCUACCUUAGUGAGGUGGAGUGGUUCUGCCCCAUGCUGGCUUGGAGGAACCAAAGUGGCCACCCCACAAUCCACAGCCUGCCAAAGGGACAGGCAUUUCUCCGCUUCGAUUUGGCUGUUCUGUUGGAGCAGGUCGGCUCGGGAAAAGAAUCUUUAAGCUUCAUGAGGAGGCGAAUGCGCAGAUUGGCUGCACAGUGGGCUGCAGCUGCUCGCAGACUUGAUGAACGUCUGCACAGUCAAUACAGAGAACAGAAGAGGAUCCUGGUUCAUAUGGGUUUUCUAACAGAGGAAUCUGGUGAUGUGUUCAGUCCGAAGGUGUUGAAGGGAGGGCCACUUGGAGAGAUGGUUCAAUGGGCAGACAUCCUCACCACGCUUCAUGUGCUGGGACACAACCUCAAGAUAUCACUCUCCGUUAAAGAGCUGCAGGGGUCCCUUGGCGUGCCUCCAGGAAGAGGAAGUUGCCCUCUGAUUGGUCCUUUGCCUUAUGACCUUAUCUAUACAGAUUACCAUGGCCUGCAGCAGAUGAAACAGCACAUGGGCCUUUCCUUUAGACAACACAGGUGCCACAUCCGAGUGAUUGACACUUUCGGCACAGAGCCAGCAUAUAAUCAUGAGGAGUAUGCCACAAUGCACGGCUACAGGACCAACUGGGGCUACUGGAACCUCAACUGCAAGCAGUACAUGACCAUGUUUCCACACACCCCUGAUAACUCCUUCAUGGGUUUUGUGACAGAGGAAGUAAACCAGACUGCAAGAGUCAACAUACAGAGAGACAAAGUCAACAACAUGGCUGUGGUUUAUGGCAAAGAGGCCAACAUGUGGAAGGGUAAGGAACAGUUACUUACCAUAUUACACCAUUACAUGGACAUCCAUGGUACAGUCUACUAUGAGGCACAGCGCCCCCCAGAGGUGCCUGCAUUCGUCAGGAACCACGGCCUGCUGCCCCAGCACGAGUUACAGCAGCUUCUGAGAAAGGCAAAGCUCUUCAUGGGAUUCGGCUUUCCCUAUGAAGGCCCAGCCCCUUUAGAGGCCAUAGCCAAUGGCUGCAUAUUCCUGCAGCCAAAGUUCCAUUCUCCUCGAAGCUCCCUCAACCACGAGUUCUUCAGAGGGAAGCCCACUUCCAGAGAAGUGUCAUCUCAGCAUCCUUAUGCUGAGCAGUACAUCAGCAAACCUCACGUCAUAACAGUUGACUUCAACAAUUCUCAAGAGUUUGAAGCUGCCAUUCGAGAUAUCCUCAAAGCCAAGGUGGAGCCCUUCAUACCCUACGAGUACACUUGUGAAGGCAUGCUGGAGAGAGUGAAUGCUUACAUUCAACGUCAGGAGUUUUGUCACACCAGAGAUCCAUUUCCUGCAGUCAAUGAAUCCAAAUCAUGGCCAGGGAAUCCACCUAGCCCGUUCCUCCAGCUGUCUAACUCCACAACUCUGAUCUGGGCUCCAAACAUCUCUGCUCCGGCCUGCUGGCCUCCUCUCAGUGCCCUGCGGCUCCUGCUGUCUACAGAGGCUUCGUCCUGUCUGAAAACCUGCCAAGAUGCUGGUUUAAUCUGUGAGCCAGCUUUCUUCCCUUUCAUCAACAAUAUGGAAGCCUUCAAUGGGCUUAACGCUCACUGUGAGUCUCUGGAUUCUGAGAAGAACCACGUGUUUCCAGCCGUUCAUGUGGACAGGAGAGAAUGUUUCCUGCAGAAAGAGCCAUUGUUGUUCAGUUGUGCUGGGAUCAGUGGCAAACACCAGCGCCUUUGCCCAUGCAGAGACUUCAUCCAGGGCCAGGUGGCACUAUGCAGGGACUGCCUUUGAGCUCUGACCAUAGACCUUUGGAGAUGUCUGUGGUAAACUGAUGCCAGUUCUGUGCAGUCAAACACGUUGGCAUUCCCAGAAGCUGUGGUAUCAACAGUUUAUUGGAAAUUGCUGAACUGGGGUCAUUGGCGUCAAGCAUGAAGAUUUUUCCAGAGAAGUGGCUUCACUCCUUGUUCCUUUUUGCACUUAGAUCCAAAGCAUAACUAAGAGUUCGGAUAAACUUUUAAAGAUGAUAAGAAAACACCCUCAUGUUUUGGGAUAUGCACCAUCUUUGGAGUCUAUCUGAACAAGAUUGGCUAGUGGUUGCUUCAGGGUUGGACAGAAAGUACUUCAAGCAGAAAAUGAAUGCAAAUUACAGUUUUGAUUUUUGGAAUUUCUCUGUGAAUAAGGCCAGACUUCAGAAGCUGUAGUUUAAGGAAUGCUGAAAGUGUUAGAAUUGCACAUGAUUUUUAAAGUCAACAUGAAACUGUAUUUUGAACCAAUUUUAUUUAGUAAAUUUUUAGAAAUUGUUUUUUCAAUUAGAUUAAUUGGAGAGUGGGACUUUAUUUUAUCGAUCAAGAAUGGAUUGGAUUGUAAAAACUGGACGUUUCCUAUCAGAAUGGACCUCAUUGGCCAUGUUUACAUGCAACCAAUUAAUCUGUUUAGAAUCCGACUGAUAGCUAAAUCGGAUUGAAAAGGCUUCAUGCAAACACAAAAAUUAUUCGAUUGAGCUGGAUCCGAAUGAAAUCUGCAUCCAAUUGAAGGGGGUGUUGUAGACCUAAAAUAAUCCGAUUAAAAGCAAAAUGUUAGCCAUGUAAACGUUUGAAUCCGACUAGCUUCUCAAUAAUAUUCAUAUCAGAGAUAUGGUGUAUGUAUGUUUAUACAUGAUACUCUUUAUGGGAACCUAAAAAGCACAUAUCUUCUUUCUUGACAUCACAUAAAGCAAAAAAGAAUGGUCAUUCUUAAUAGGGACUUUAAGCAGCAGGCGUUCUGUGUCCCAUUGCAUGUUCACGACUUCACUUCCUAACAUCGAAUCUAUCAUUUAUAAAGCAUUUCUUCUUUGCCAUAGUGACAGUUGAUCGUAUGUGACAGAUUAGGAAAGUAAAUGUUAGAAUAUGUUUACAAGAUAUGAUGCAAUGUGAACACAGUAAAUAGCAUAAUUACACACGGUUAUUGGCUUUGAAUAAAAAACCUCAAAAUUAUCGGUAGACUAUUAAUAAUGAUAUGUAGGUUUUAAAUUUAGUCUAUUUAUAUCGCACAAGAGUAAAACUCCUUCUCACAGUUAUAUAACAUUGCAAGCAUCCCUUCUCUUGCUGUUUUAAAUAGCCAACCAUUUUUUCUUGAAUGAUUAAAUGCUCUGUUCCACCAUCGUUAUUGCUUAGUGAUUUUUGUGUAGCUUCCCAUCCACAGCUGUUGCUUAAAGUCCCUAUUAUUUUGUUUCCAUUACAAAUCUGUAAACUCCUUUAAGGGCUCACCCACCUGUCUUUACUUUUUACUCGCACCCAGAGAUGCCUGCAGUUAGAUUGGAGGAGUAAUGGGCAUGAGGGAAAUACUGUACAUGGUUACGUCAGACAGAGUAUUAGAUGCUGCUUCUAAUUCUUUGUUUGCCGAGUAGAGUGAGUAACAUAAGAAGAAAGCUUUUCUGGCAUAUUUCUUUUAGAUAUCUCAACAAAGCAAAUAUGCCAAUUACGGACUUUGGUGCCAUUCUCACUUUCUCAACCUUAACGACCGAAGCUCUUCACAUACGCAAAAGUUUGGUUCGGAAUGCAUGUAAUGCACAUGUAAAUUAAUAUUUGUAUCAACUGCAAAGCUUAGAGGACAUAAACAGGAUUGCAUUUAUUCGGAUUGAUGAAAAUGAGUGCAUGUAAACAUAGCCAUUGUGAGUUUGUAGUUGAUUGUGGUGGAUGACCCCCUUUUGAAUAGGCUUUUUAAAACAGGAUUUGUGAAUGGCUGCAUAACAUUAGCCUAUAACAAUGCCUAAAUAGCUAUUUAGCUACUGGUUAACAUUAACUAGCCCACAUGGUCUAUGUGACAUCAGCGAAAUAGGAACGUUGCUUCAGUGGUAGUGCAAGUUAUUAAUAAAAAAAAAAGGUGAAUUUUGAUAUCAUGUUGACUUUAGAAAAGACCUGAUCUCUGCUAUGAAAAAAAUACUGGGAAAAAAAAAACCUGGAGAAAAGACAGGAUUAUUUAAAGAUCUGCCCAAAAUCAUCAUGU